UGUAGCUUGUCUGUUGUCAUUCAUUGUCAACCAUUAUUUAUGGAGGGAAAUCAUGAGCUUAUCAGUUUUGUACUUUAGACCCCUGCCUUGUGCCUUAGCUUUGUCCAAGUAGUAAGUUGCAAUGAUGUACCAGCACAGUUCCACUAAGAUCAGCUGAGAGUACGUACUAAUUACGAUGCCUCGGAAAAGGGCUGCAGCUCCAGACCAAAGUGCUAAACCAAAAAAAGUUCCUAAAAGCAAGCAACAAGAUGGAGCAGACGAACCGAGUGACGCAAGUCUGAAACAAGAUGUCGUCAACGCGACAGGUGAUGCAGCAGCAGCAGCUGCAAGUGCUGCAGCAGGCAACAGCACAGCAGCAGCAGCAGUGCCAACAUCAUCAGGCGGCAUCGCCGACCGCUUCUUGUCGGAACUGGUGGCGCCGUUCAACAGGGACGUGGCGGGCAUGAAGUUCGGAAAGCCCGUGGAGUACGUGUACAAUCCCCUGGAGUACGCUAGCGAGCCCCACGAGGACUUCAUAAGGAAAUACUGCAACUCGACGAAGGAGGUCUUGUUCCUUGGGAUGAACCCUGGCCCGUUUGGCAUGGCACAGAAUGGGGUUCCUUUCGGAGAGAGGGAUUCUGUCAACGACUUCCUUGGCAUCAAGGGAAACGUGGGCAAGCCUCCCAAGGAGCACCCCAAGAGACAGAUAGUGGGCCUGAGCUGCGACCGCAAAGAAGUCAGCGGCAGCCGCUUCUGGGGUCUCUGGAAGUCCCUCUGCAAGACCCCCGAGGCCUUCUUCCGUCACGCCUUCGUCUACAACCACUGCAGUCUGGUCUUUAUGUCCGAGACGGGGAAAAACAUCACGCCACCGGGCAUGCUGGUCGGAGCGCGUAAGCAGAUCGUGGAGCUCUGCGACACGUUUAUCUGCAAGAUGAUCCAGCUCCUCGAAGUCAAGGUGGUGGUGGGCAUCGGGAAGUUUGCCGAAGAGAGAGCCAAAAAGGCUUUAGCUGCAGGGGGAGUGGAAGGGGUACGGGUGGUAACCAUCAUGCACCCAUCUCCCAUCAACCCUGCUGCCAAUAAAGGGUGGGAUGAAGCCGUCAUCAAACAACUCACCCAGUUGGAUCUACUGAAAUACUUUAAAGAAUAAUGCACCUUCUCAGGGCAAAGUUCAAGGUCCACUAGAUUUGUCGUGAGGUCACACAAAAUGGUCCAAGGUGGACAGUGUUGGACAUUCAACUGAAUCAGAAAUAUAGAUGCCAUUCCAAAAUUUGAAAGCAUUGAAACUAUUAGGGGUAAAAUUGAUCUUUGAAUUUCGGGCAACGCCCAGUCAUUUAAACAAUUAAACUCUGUUAUUUAAAGAUUUUUUUUAUGACAUUUUUACCCUUGUAGAAUUUAAUAUAGUUUUAUUUACAAUAAAACAACUGUAUGAAACAACAGAAA